CUUCUUUGUCUCCAGGGGUUGCUUUGAAUUGAAACUUAUUAUCAGUUUGGGCAACGAUUAAGUAUUUUUAGCCUCGUACUAAAAAUUUGCCCGUUGACUAUAUAUCUAUCAUUAUCCUGGGUCCGCUGCGUAAUUAUGGAAGAAUCAUGGCCGUUGAAUUUGUCGACGUGUCUUCAUGUGGGACCCGUACUCUUCAACUAGUUGCCACGUGUACAACCCAACAGCCUAGAGACCGUUUCCCCGUCACUUUCCAAACACAGAGAGGAGAGGCCUGCGAUAAUGAUUCCUUCUUCUAUCUGGGUCUGGCUGACAAAAUUAACUUCCAGCUUCCCUACGGACAACUAGGGUUUCUUCUUAAUUGAGUUUCGCGGUGAUGGCGACGACGGAGAACGGUGGCGGUGACCACGUGGUAGAGCUGAGCGUGCGCGAGAGGUCGGCAUCGGAAACUGAUGCGGGUGUGGCUUCGGAAUUGGAGGAGAUAAGCCCUCUGCUAAUUCAGACGGAGAGGCCCAAAAUCAACAUUUUCACAAUCUCUUAUCCCCGGAAAAAACCUAGGGAACCAGUAACAAGAUUAGUCGAAUUGGAGACGUCUCCGGUUUCACAAUUUGUUUUUUGGGUGUGGGGAGGAUCUAGACACUCUGGUAUACUGUGUAUGGCUGUGUCGUCUACCAUCUACUUUCUCAUGGGAACCGUUUCUAAUGUUUUCUCUGUUCAGUCAAUUCCGUUGUUUGAGACUGCAUUCACCAGAUGUACAAUAAUCUUGAUUUGUUCAUAUAUUUGGUUGAAUAAAACUGGACAAUCAAUACGGGGUCUAGCAAAUUUUAGGUGUCUUUUGAUUUCAAGAGCCUUUGUGGGAUAUUUGUCAUUGAUGAGUUUUAUUUACUGCAUUCAGAGAUUACCUUUUUCCCAGGCUACACUUUUGAGCUUUACAACUCCGAUUUUGGCUUCAGUUAUGGCAAGGAUAUUUUUUCAUGAAAAGUUGAAAGUUGCUGAUAUUGGAGGUCUAGCUUGCAGUUUCUUUGGGGUGCUCUUCAUUUGCCGUGGAGUGCUUACGACACAAGGAGAUCUAGUUAAUAAUGGGGAAGGCGGCAAUGCAUCAUAUAUCUGGGGAAGUAAUCAUAUAUAUGCCAUAUUAGUUGGUUUAUUCUCAGCUUUAACAGGUGGAAUCAGCUAUUGCCUUAUAAGGGCUGGUGCAAAGGCAUCUGAUCAGCCAAUGGCAACGGUUUUUUCAUUUGGUGUACUGUCUAGUCCUGCUGCAGGAAUUUGCUCUUUUGUUCUUGAGGAUUUUGUUUUACCAAGUUUAUAUUCGUUUACACUUAUGGUUGUACUUGGCAUUUUAGCCUUUUUUGCAGAGGUAUUUUUAGCACGUGCACUUCAGCUCGAGAAAACUAGCAAAGUUGCAAAUGUUCAAUUCUUUGAGGCAGCCCUAUCACAAUUGUGGGGCAUUGGUUCGUUAAGCAUAGCUCCAUCUUUCGGUCGACUUGUUGGAUGUCUGCUUAUUGUAAUAUCAGUGUGUUGCACCAUGUAUUUUGGACCCGAUAAAGAAGUAAACUGAAAAGAUACGUUUUCUUUUCUUUUUGGUUGCUUAGAGAGCACUCGUUAAACUAGCUCAUUUUCUAAAAUACUGACAAGAAUGGUAAAAAUGAGCUUUCACUGAGCUAAAUUUGCGUUAUUUUACACAUUUUUUAUCUUAACAAACAGUAUUACUCUACAUUUUAGAGAUAACUAUUCAUUAAGAUAAAAAAAAAAAAAUUCUCUUUCCA